AUGUCUGGUGAAGUGGCCCAAUUGGCACAGGCCAGAACCUUGGCGAUGCAGACGAAACCUGGUGAGAUGCUUCCAAAAGUACUGGAGACCGCUAUGGCACUAUAUCGAUCAACAACAGAUCCGUCAAAUGAUUUGGGAAAACUAUGUGCUAGACUCUUUAUAGAUGUCAUGAGUCAUGAGGAGGUUAAUUCCAGUGAAAAACCGUUUAUUGCAUCUCAACACUUGGCCAUAUUGUCGCAAUUGUGUCGAACCAAGAAGGACCACGCGAUCCUGCGGGACGGUAUUCUUGGUUUUAGCAGGUGCUACGAAUGGCUAUUUGACCUUGUCGCCAAAACCUCCAACAAAGAGCUAUGGGACACGAUCUGUCAGUUCAAAGGUUUCAUUCUAUCCAAGUGGAAAACUUCAUAUCCUCUCCCACCCUCCACAGAUCCACUAGAAGAUCACGGCAGAUCUCUUGGAGUAAAGCUAGCUAUGGUCAGGUUUAUUGCUACCCUCGUCAUUGUACACACACAAGGAACCUCAGGUAUAAGUAUUGCUUCUGUUCCUGACUCUCAUCCUGUUAUUACGUCUAAAAGCCAACUCGAAUCUGGUGCCAAAAAAUUGCUCGACUAUCUCCUGGCUUAUCUAUCUGAGGAGCCUAUGAUGGUAUCAUCUUUAUUCAUGGGUGUCUUGAACUGCUUGAGUUUCAUUAUGAAACAAAGACCGCAAGCUGCAAACCGUAUUUUGAACGGCGUCUUGAGGUUUAAUGUUGACAACAAAUAUCAGCAAGAUUCGGAAUCCGUCUUACAGUAUCGCUUGGCCAAAAGGUUUGUAGAACGUUGUUAUAAAGUAUUUGUUCAGUUCGGUCUUAAGUCCCAACUAAUCAGAAACUCUGGCAGCUCGUCACAGUACCAUGCUAAGCUAACCAAAAUAUCUCAAACCUUGCAUGUAAUCGGCGAAGAAACUAAAUCAAAAGGUAUUCUUAACUUUGACGCGAACCAAAUGGAGCGUAAAAUGCCACUGCGGGAAAAAGAGAAGUAUAUUGCCUCUCUAAAGGUUUCAAGUCAAAGUCCACCCUCAAGAAGUGAAGGUCAGCUGCUACGACCUACUCCAGAUAUGCAGCUCCUCAAUGAAUUACAAAAAUACGCGAUGUCCAAAAGCUCGUCAACAGGGUUUUUCAACACAUCUCCGGUGGCAUUUGAUAAUACGUACGCAUCCGUUUAUUCGCUCAUGAAUAGCAAGCAUUCUGAAAUUGACCUAUCCAAGUUAUCACCAAGUGUUAUGGCUAAAAUAUGCACGGAAUGUUUGUACCAGACCGACACCAAUAAAAUCAUAUCAGGAUUGUCUAUAGUUGCAUCUCGCUAUACUGAUCUCAUGAAUAAAGCUUCAACAUCAAUUGAUUCUCGAAAACGUCCACUGGAGGAUGAUAUCAACGGUCCUCAAACAGUAAAGAAACGUGAAGUUACAAAGCUUCCUGAAGAUGAGGAUGUUUCAGAGGAUGAGGACAAGCAAGAGUUUACUCUGGGCACCCCAGCCCCCAUGUCUGAGGACGAAAAGAAGGAGCAUUUCUCAAGAGUAUUGGCUCAUAUAAUAGCGGUUAAAGACUCAGAGGAAGAAUCUGCAAACAACAACGAGGCCUCAGCGCACCUGCUACACAAAGUAAGACUGCUGAACUGGAACAAUAAGACAUCAUGGUUGACUCUUCUUGCUAGACUAGCAACACGAGGCGUAAAUCAUAACGAAGAAAUGAGUAAUACAGCUAGGCUCGCGAUUUAUGAAUAUUUCUUAGAGGAUUUUGCUAAUCGUAUAGCGGUGGUGAUCGAGUGGUUAAGUGAAGAAUGGUAUUACGAAACUCUACAGAACAAUGCAGGUGCCAGAGAAACACCCAUUUAUGAUAAAUGGUCUUUUAAGGUAUUGGAUGCUCUAAUACCAGUUUUAGAACCCUCGCAUAGGCGCUUGUUCAUUAGACUCGUCAGUGAGCUACCACGUUUGACUCAGCAGCACAUUGAUAGGAUUAGGUCAUUGUGCUUGGAUCCUCUCCGGAGUUCGCUGGGUUUUCAAUCACUGAAGUUCAUGAUCAUGUUUAGACCCCCGGUGAAACAGUCCAUUGAAAAUAUCCUCAUCGUUAUGAAAGAGCAAGAUGAAUCAGUAAAAGAGCAAUGUGAGUCUAUUCUUAGAAAAUUUUAUUAG